AUGGUUUCCUCGUUCCGUUUGAUCCAACCAGCUGUGCAGCAGCCAUUGCCUGCCAGUGCUAUUGGGGAGUCUGACCAUCCUAGAACUUCUUCUGUGAAGCUCGGCAAGAGAAUCCACAGCGUCGCGCAAGCCUGUCGGAACUGUCGUCAGAACAAAGUCAAGUGUGAUGGCCGUCGACCGCAAUGCGGCACCUGUACUUCCAGGCUACGUUCCUGUCGCUACGAAUCCAAGGCGAACAUGCCGAGAAGAGCAGCACUGAAGACCCGCCUCGACGCAUUAGAGAAGCUGUUCUCUACUUUACAGGCCAAACCUACCAAGGACGCGAAUCUGUUGCUGCAGCAAAUUCGCUCUAGCGACGACAUUGACUCCUUGCUUGAUCUCGAGGAUGAGACAUCACCGCCUAGCCUCAACGGCUCCAGCAACACCAGCUCAGCCGUCAGCAGUCUCUCAAGUCCCACAGCUGGCACUAUAUCUGAAGAGCAGUCGGUCAGAUCCUCUCCUUCUCUUGGUCAGAAUACAAACUCCUGUUCUCUCCAAGAGGCGGAUGUCAGCGAUGAAACGUCUCAAAAAAUCAAUCUUUCUACCCCGGCCCCGACACAAAAGAAACUGUCAAUAGAUGUGUCUAGGUCCUUGGUUUCACUAGUCAUACCAAGUGCCGUCACUACGCAAGCGGCGGUUGACAGCUUUUUCAGCUCCAGUGGCCGAAUUUUUCACGUUUUCUCCCGUGAGCAGGUCUUAUGUUACCACAAGGAUGUCUUUACGAAUGAUAGCUGCACUAUGGCAAAUCAGAAGACGGCCAUUUGUUGUCUUGCUGCAGUGGCAGCUGUCGGGGUUCAAUACAAUGGUGACGACUUCGACGUUGGUACUGACAGCGUAUUUUACGACGUGGCAAGGCACUUCUUCGAGAAUCUGGUGGAGGAGCAACCGCUCGACGCAAUCAAGGCCUGCACGAUGUUAGCCAUGUACAACAUGAUGAAUAAGGCGACUGUGUCACUCGCUUACCUUGAUAUCGGCCUGAGCAUGUCCAAGAGGCAUAGUCUCAACGACAAGUUGUAUCAUCAUCCCAGCCUCUCUCCGGAGGAAUGGGCCGACUAUCGAAGAGCAUGGAGAUCUCUGAUCUGGCUGUCUUCCACUCUCGGAUACAUCAAAGGUGGUGAUGUAUCUUUCAGGGAACUGGUUCCGUUGGUGGAAGUAGAAGGUGACCACUCAUGUGAAGUUAGCCACAUUGUCCAAAUAGAGAUGACCAAGAUCUCUCUUCUGAACGCCGAUAUUCUACGGAUGCACCUUUCAUCUAAAGAAAUGACCUGCCAAGCAAUGGAUUCUAUCGACAAAGACCUUCAGGACUGGCACAAUCUGCUUCCCAGCGAGAUGCAUCUCCCCAACCUCUGCCGGCAAGAUCUUCCUGUCGAAGCUCGGCGGUCCAUCUUGGCCACCCAUCUCCUCUAUCUCGGUACUCGUAUGCUGCUAUAUCGCCGCCUCGCCUCACAAUUUGUUUGGUCUUCUCCUACCCAUGAGAGUAACGCUGCGAGGGAGUCGUAUGAGGACAAUCUUCUCAGCCAUGCGGAUCACGCUAUUACGGCUGCGAAACAGUCGUCACGUAUUCUGGGAUUAUUGCAAGCGGAAAAGGGAAUCUUUAAAAAGUGUUGGCUUGUUAUUUUCCAGUCAUACACCUGCUGCGUUGUCCUUCUGCAUUGUGUUGCCCAGAAACAGAUACACCACUUUCCUCGGUCCUCGUGGGAAGAUGACCUCACACAGGCUCGCAUGUGCCUCGAUGUGCUGUCUUUCUGCAGCACUCUCGACUCAGUGGCACUCAAAUUUCGGGAUUGCGUGGUCCCUAUCCACGAUAAACUGACGUCGUACAUCUUCCCUCUCUCAAGUGCCAACGCACCCCAGAGCCCAUCGUCCCUCCGUUACAUGCUUAAAGUUCCGACAACUGCUGAUCCCGAUCGUUGGAACCCUGAGAAUUUUGGUGUUGGCGCAUCGGUAUUUUUGGAGGGCGAUAAUCGGUUCAUAGGGAGUGAUCAGCCGAGCGGGUGGACUGGAGUCGGGGGCGAGGAUGUGUUGGAAGAGCUGUACUAA